AUGUCUGCAUUACUGGUGGAACCGUACCGAGGCUUCAUGGUCAGCUACACCCAUCAUGCCAGUGGCAAAGACGCAGGCCAUGAAGACAUCAUAUCUUACGGUGCACUCCAACUGCUUCAAGACCGACCCGAGAGUCGUUACUCUUCCGACACAACUCUAGCACCCUUUGGAUCUCCAUCGAAUUUUCUUACGGAUCGCAUGAUCCCACGCCAGAACACCCCGCAUUACAAUGCACAUGGCUAUGAGCUAUCCUCGCCCCAGAGCAAUAGAAAGCGACAACACGCCGAGGACGAUGCAGAGAGUAAUCGUGGCAUGAGUUGCGAUUAUGCGCCUCGACCUAGACUGCACAGUUUGCCAACGAGCACAUCAGCACCAGUCAACGAGACACAGUUGACGUAUCCAGUCCCUCUUGAACAUUUGCCCUCACAUCAAUCUACAAACCAUGACUAUUUGCCUCCGGUUUCUCUUCCGCUCCCACAACAACACCAUCACCAUCGACUACCAGCACAGGCAUUGGGCUUCAGUGAUUCUCGUGGAGGUGACUCUGAAGGGAGAUCCCUGACAGGCAAUGGAGAACACGAAGACAUGAGCUACUUGAAGCACCGGAAUCUGCCACCCGUUCUUCCUUCGCCAAAGGGGCCUAAGACCAAGUUCGGCCCCAAGGAAGAUGAGACUCUCAUUCAGUUGAAGGAACACUGGAAUUUCACUUGGAAGCAAAUCCAACACUGGUUUCCAGGGCGAACGAGCGGCACCCUUCAAGUCCGUUACUGUACCAAGUUGAAGGCGAAGAAUGUCCUUUGGACUGAAGACAUGGACAAGCGACUAGACAAGGCGAUAGAAGAUUAUGAUAACGACAAAUGGCGGGUCAUCUCCCAGAAGGUUGGCAAUGGAUUCACACCCGUGGCGUGUCAAGAGAGAGCGACUAUGGCGCGGCAACAAAUAGCGGAGAAUCCUGAAUGA